AUGACACAUUUAUCAAAGAUUGAUGCAAAUUUACUUCAAUUAAGGAAAGCCAAAGAUUAUUCAAAUGUAGUUAAUUUGCGUCUCGAUGGGAGCGAUCAAAAUAUAUCAAAAGAACAAAUACAGAGUAAUUCAAUGGUAGAUGUUGAUUAUUCUUCUAGCAUUGAAUUAUCUAAUGGUGAAUAUGUUUGUUAUCAAUUAUCUGCAAAUUACAGAUUAUUGACAAUAUAUUCUUUGAGUGCUGCUAUAUCAGGAACAACAAUUAAUAUACACUUACCAGAUGAAUCUAUGAAUAAGCACCACACCUUGACUAUUUUUGAAAUAGGGGGAUCUGUACAAAUAAAUGUUAUUCUGAAAGAAGGAUCCUAUUUAACGAUGACCCUACCUGUGGACUACAUUUUGAACAACGUCAAUGAAUUAGAUCAAAGCUGGUUCACCAUUAAAACACCUUAUGAUUUUCAAGUUAGAGUUCCACAUCUAUUAUGCGUUGUAUCAGCAGAUUUUUCUGUGGUUUGUCUAGAAGAUGGUGGGUUAUUAGGUUUGAAAGCUUCUAAUGACAUUGAUUUAGAACCUAUUCUCUUUAAUGAUAAUUCCUAUUUACAAAGUAUCACCAGAAUAUUUUCUAGGAAAAAUGCUCAGGUAUCUGGAAAGGCUGUUACGUGCGCUGUGUUCGAGGAGAAGUAUUUGGUUAUCUUAACCGAACAAGCACACCUGAAGCUUUGGGACUUGGCGACAUUUUCUUUGAUUGAGACGCACGAUCUUUCAUCAGAGUUUGAAACCUCUGAAAUAAGAAGGUAUGAUACAGCUGGUAAUCUUUUAGUUAUCUAUCAAAACAUUAUCACAACAUUUUUACCGUACAAAAACGGCGUAUUUCAAAUUGGGAGAUUAUCAUUUGAUUCCAAUGGGAUCUUAAGGUACACAUCUAUAUCAACUAUACCAGCGAACCUAUCUUCAUCUUCGCUAUGGUCCUUCACUGACAUGAAACUUAUAAGGCCAUUAGAUUUAAAUGUGAAUGCAGCUUACCUGAACCUUGUUUUGCUUUGGAAAUGUGGAGCUGUUAAUAAGUUACAGAUUCUGAACUUCGUGAAUGAUGAAUUCCAAGAAUAUCAGUGGAUUGAAGCAACGAAUAAAUCAUUGAAUGAUAUUGAAUCAGAAAUGGGUAAAGACCUUUCCGAGGACUCUGACUUCACGUCUCUAAAUAUAAAAUCUCGAUAUGCACCUGAGUUGCUUCAAGAGGCUGAAACCUUGUUUGCAAAAAAUCAAAUAAUUAUAGCUAUGAAUACGGAAAAAAGUAAAAAGGAAUAUCUGGCCAAUUUAGAAACAAUUCUAAAGGAUCUAAAAAAUAAAUAUGACGAAGCGUCUUCUAUCACAAUUUAUAAGAACGAAAUUAUAAUGGUUAAUUGUCUCAAAAAAUAUAACCAUUCCGUCUACAAGAUAAAUUCAACCUUCGAGGAUAUAUUUUACAAUAUUGGACUGGAGGCGGAUGAUGAACUAUGCAGAUAUUGGAAAGUGUUGAAUAGAUUUUCUUCCACUUUAUCCGAGGAGACUAUACGCAAAAUAUCGGAUGAAUUCAUAAAUAUAGUUACAGGUGAAACUUCUAAGUCCAUGAGCGUUGGCGAGAAACUCUCUGCUAUCUUUAAAAGUACUUUACAGGGGAGAGUGGGUGUAUCAGAUAUAGAAACACUUUUUAAAGAUAUGAGUUCAAUGAACAUUGUUAACAUAAUGAAUGAAUUAAUUGAUAGAUAUCUUAUAUCACACUCUGUUCAUAACGACGAUUUUGUCAAUGCCAUUGUUUUUGAUGAAUUUAGUGCUGUUGUUUGUGCUCAAAGUAUACACCAAUUGAUUGUAAUGCAAAAGCGCUUGUUAUUUGAGAUCCUAUUAAGCGUGGUUGUUCUGGAUUUUGAAUAUUCAAUACUUGAGUCCAAAUUGAACGAAUUUUUGGAAAUUUAUUAUAAGCAGACAUUAUUUAUACGCCUUUACAAGCUUAAUGCACCAUUACUUGUCAAUGGGCUAAAUAGUGAGACUUCAAAUUACAAUGUUGGAAUUAAAUUAACAUCCUAUGCGGAGUGGUCAUCAUACUUACAAUUUGUGGUUAAUACGAUCUACAAGUUUGCACUGGAAAGCAACCCCCUCUUUCUAAGAUUUUUUGAUAUAUACACCAUAAAAAAUAUCAAGGGUAAAGAACGGGUUUGGACCGAGACUGAUAAAUUUUUACAGUUUGUACAAUAUCCUCUUUAUCAAAGAGACAGCAUAAUUGAUGAGUUCAUGCUGGCAAUGACAUUAUUUACUUCCCAAAACUAUGAAAAAUCUUUUGAUUUUUUCAUGAAGCAUGAUUAUGCCACACAACUCAAAAAUAAACUACCCCAAUGUUUGACUGAUAUUGCCAUGGAUUCCAAUUCUAAAAGCAUCUGGUCUUCUAUAUUAACUUCUUUCGAUGUUUCCCAUAACCGUUCCCUUUAUGCUUAUAAAUUGGCUCUGUUAUACUUUGAAAGGAAUAGCAUGGCAUUAUCGUUGAAAGCUAUCAAAAAAUCAAUAGGGUACUCUAUGAAAGAAACUGAGAUAACCCUCCCAGCUGAUUUCCUGGAAGACCAGCAUAGACUUCAUUUGGAUUUACUCAUGUACUUUAAUAUGUUUUCUGAAGUGUUAGAUGUUUUGAGACUGAGUCACGACAUACUUUCUGUCAAUACUAGAGAGUUAUACUUUACCACAUUGUUGAAUGAUGCGAGAUUCAAAGAACCGUUUUUCACUACGGUAUUAAAUUCGUGCAAUUCUUUUAAGGAAUCAGGGUUAUUUUUCCGCUCAGAAGAUUUCAAGGUUAUUGAUGAUAUUCUCCUUUCAAACAUGGAAUUUCCAAAUUGGUUGAGUUGUAAGAAACUAUAUAGUUUCAGGAUGGCCAAUAAACAUGAGAGGGCGGCGGCUGAGGCAAUACUUCAAUACCUACUGCAGUGUGAAAACAAUCUUCAAGAGAAAAGGAAAUGCUAUCUGAUUAUAAUUAAUGUACUAUCAACUUUUGAGGAUCCAUCUGAUCAAUGGAUUUUGAAUGGAAAUUCUGUGAUAAUGUUACCUGAAUUAAGAAGAGAGCUUCAAGAAUUCAAUUGA